CUUUUAACCCCUUUCUGUUCGUUUCUUUUGCAGGUCUUGACCGUCUUGACCUUGACGUUCUUGGAGUUGACAGUGAUUAUCGGCCGCUAACGCAUUUGCCUGCUCCUCCCCCAUCUGACUACUUAACCAUGCAUAGCUCUACCAAUGGACGCCGAGGAGGGAACCGCCACGGCCCUCAAAAUCUUCGGAGGAGGGGUCGCGGCGCGUCCUCCAGCGUUCGCGUUCCAAUUACUGCUGCUACUUCAAAUGCCCCUCCAUCUCCUGCUGUUCCUUUACGGUCUUCUGCCAAUCGGACCGUCAAUAGAGGUGGCGUGAACCGGAGGCGCACCAGGGAGCCCACCGCCGAGGAUUCCGCUGCUAACAAAAGGCAGGCAACUGAAGAACCUGGCGCUUCUGUUGCCAAUGAGGUGGUGCAGGUGGAGGAUCUGGACCCGAAUAUCUCUGAAGGUGUUCAGGGAGAGGGUGGCCUUGAUGCUGACCUGGGUAAUGCUGGCGGCACUUCGUUGCUUUCUCGGUCCACGUCUUCUAUUCGAGAGAAACUAAGGGAACUGAUUGCUACUCCCAGUUUCCUUUCGAAUCUCUCCCCUGGCAUCUUUUAUAGGUUCCGGGAGUGGAUCGAGAAAAAAGAGGUGCCGCUAAGUGACGCGGUUGCUGCUGCCUUUGCUCCCCAGACCGUUACCCCUGGUAAGGUCUAUCAGCCUAAUUGGGACGUCAGGGAGGACGAAUCUUUGUACUCUGACAUCCCUGAAAACGGUGGCAUCCUUGCCUACCGUAUUCUUAAGGGUAUGCAGCUGCCCUUAGAUCGUCCUUCAGGCUCCCUGAAGACUCCGGCUGCUAGGUUGGCCCAUGAUCAGCUAGUGGCCAACAAUGCUGCUAUCGAGUUGAUAGAGCAAUACUUGGAGUACCAAAGGCUGACGGACACCUACAAGGCUUCCCUGGAGACCUGCCAGGGAUUGUUGAAGGAGGCUGAGGAGAAAAUGGCGCCUUUGGAGGAUGAGGUGCAGACUCUGAGGGACAGGGCGGCCUUGCUGGAGGAGGCUGAAGAGAACGUCAAGGCUUUGACCAAGGCUGUUGAAACAGCCAAUUCUGAGAAGGAGAUGGCGGUUUUGGAUGCUUCUGCUGCGGAAGCUCGGGUGCCGCGAAGGCGGUUGCUGAGUUUAAAAGGUCCGAUGACUAUGUGGCGGAGCUUCACAAACGGUAUGAUGGUGGCUGGGCAGCUGCCAUGAGGUGCGUCUGCAAAACCGUUCCUGGUUUUGACUGGAACGUGAUUGAGGACGCUCAUGCUGCCGGUCAGCAUCUUUCUCCGUUUGAGGGGGACCCGAACUUC